GUGACGUAACAUUUAUUUUGGAAAAGAAAAACGCUGAAGUCGAGAGGUGACGGAGAGAGAAAAAUGGAGCAAAGCGAUGAAGAUUACAAGCUGAUAUUUGAGAAGGAGGGAGUGUACCUCCACACAAAUGCCAAGAGGAGUAACCAGGACACAACCAUCCCAGGGUUCAUCCGCAUUGUGGAGCGGGCCGGAGUGCCAGCUUUAGAGUGGAGCCCACUGGAGGAUGAAGGUCGCAGUGCCCCUGCUGUACUCUACUCCAAAAAGGAUGGAGAAGGAGGAGAGGAGGAUACAAACUUUGACCCUGGGUAUGAGCCGGACUGGGCAGUUAUCAGCACAGUGAAGAAAGAUCGAGAUCAUGUCCCAGUCAGAGACUCAGGUCAGUGGUCGUUCUCGCUGCCUCUCUCAGAGUUGUACUCUCUCCGGAGGGCUCGGUUCUCUUUGGGGCGAAACUUCCUGGUGCUGACCAGUAGAGGGGGCCACCCGCUGCCUGCGCUACACUUCCACAGAGGAGGAACCAGGGAGCUGUUUAGGGCCCUGCAACGUUACAUCAUGCUGGACCAGUCACCGGUUGACGGGCGGCUCUUCCUCGCCUACCCUCACGACCCAGGCGCUCUCUCUCAGUCCUUCGAUAAGCUGCAGCUCUUUGACGACGGAGGCGCUGAUCUUGUUUCGAGAUUCAUCCAGGACCCAUACGCCACUACAUUUGGUGGAUUCUCCAAAGUCACCAAUUUCUUCAAAGUGGCCCUUCGACCCCCGGGGUCCCCCGCCCACUUCCGUACCGCUCAGGAUCCUAGUUUGCCCCACCAGUCCGACGAAGAGCCCGGCUUCGAACUCAUCAACUGUGGGGUAGAGCUCGGUCCCAGACCAAACGUAACCAGGGGACAACCUUUGAACAAAUGGGACGAGUUCCUGGACCCAGAGGGGCGAGUGAAGAACCCAGAUAAGAUCAAAGAGCUAAUAUUCAGAGGGGGUAUCGUACCGUCCCUGAGGAAGGAGGUCUGGAAGUUCCUCCUGGGCUUUUAUCCGUGGAACAGCACUUUCAAAGAACGAGAGGACAUUCUGCGGUUCAAAACGGACGAGUAUUUCAGAAUGAAGGUGCAGUGGAAGUCGGUGAGUGAAGAGCAGGAGAUGAGGAACUCCCUCCUCAGAGGAUACAGAAGCCUGAUAGAGAGAGAUGUCAGCAGGACGGACAGACACAACACGUUCUUCUCCGGGAACGACAAUCCAGGACUGACUCUGCUGCACGACGUGCUGAUGACGUACUGCAUGUACAACUUUGAUCUCGGUUACGUCCAGGGGAUGAGCGAUCUCCUGUCUCCUCUCCUCUUCGUCACCCAGAACGAGGUGGAGUCCUUCUGGUGUCUGACGGGCUUCAUGGAGCUGUUGCACCAAAACUUUGAAGAGUCUCAGGAGGCCAUGAAGAAGCAGCUCCUUCAGCUCAGUAUCCUGCUGAAGGCUCUGGACCCGGAGCUGUGUGACUUCCUGGACUCUCAGGACAGCGGCUCUCUCUGCUUCUGCUUCCGCUGGCUGCUCAUCUGGUUCAAGAGAGAGUUUUCCUUCGAGGACAUCCUCACCAUGUGGGAGGUCCUCUGGUCUCGUCUGCCGUGUGACAACUUCCACCUGCUGAUCGCCUGUUCGAUCCUGGACUCCCAGAGAGGAGAGCUGAUCGGCUCCGACCACGACUUCAACACUAUUCUGAAACACAUUAACGAGCUGACGAUGAAGUUGGACCUGCAGAGCGUUCUGCGAGGAGCAGAGGCCAUCUUCCUGCAGCUGACUCAGUGCAAGGACCUUCCCCUGAAGGUGCUGCAGGUCCUGGGUCUCUACGUCCCGUUCAGCUCCGAGGAGGACAGCCCGGACUCGCAGGCCAGCGAGACACAACGCCUCCUCGUUGAAUCCCAGGCAGGAGCCGCCUCUUCUAGCUCAACACGCGUUCCCACCUAUCCUUAAAUCUGCAGGUCGGCUAGGGGACUGAAAUAUAGGGAUGAUCUUUAUAUUAAAAACAAACAUAUAUAUGUAUAUAUACUGUAUAUGAUCCAAUGAGGUGGAAUGAAGAAUGUUGUUACUCUUUGUCGGAGGCAGGGGGCGAUGUUGAGCCUUUUUUUCUUUGAUGAAUGUUACACUUCAAGAUGUUAUAAAAACACUAGAGUGCUCCUUUUCUUCGUCUGUUUUGUCCUCCUCCUUUUCCGCCUGUCUCUUGUUUACAUGUCCUGUAUGUGUCUUCUUCCUCCUCCUUCUCCUCCUUCACCUCUUGACAAGUUAUUUAAUCGUCGUCUCUGCCUGUCUCUUGUGAUGCAGCGUUCCUUUAAGAAGUGAAGAAGAUGAAGGAUACCUUUUUAAGUACUUUAUGAUGCCAUUCCAGCUCUAUGCAAAGCUGACUGCAUGCCUUAUACUUUUGUCACACGUGUGGCGUGGUGAUGUUUUAAUCCUUGUAAUUAUCUACAUGAUGUCAUAACGUUUUCAUCCGCUGAUUAUUUCCAAAUAAAUGGUUGAA